AUGCCCUCCGCAACUCAGGCAUCUCCAGUGCGCUACAGCAGGCCGUCGGAAUCUCAGGCGGCCGCCGAUGCCAUCCCGAUUCUCAUUGAUCAUGAAUACCACAUCUUUCAUCUGAGCACUCCUCCGGAUACUGUACGACAUCCAACUCGGCUCCGUUCGACUUGGUCCCGGUUACGAUCCCGCGAUCUCGUAACCUGGGCACGAGAUGAAGUUGAAGCACUCUAUCCGGGCAAAUCGCCCGACAGUCCGGAUGCAGACGGAGCAUGGACAGGUUCAGCCAUCGUCGGUCCUGAUGGCAACAUGCACCUCUUCUACACGGGGUACAACUUGAGCCAACAUGGGAAGCAAGUCAUCCUUCAUGCCCAGUCGAGCGACAAGCAAGGUUCCGUGUUCACGAAAAUACCUUCUCCGAUAACGAUUUCUGGCGAUAUGUCCCUAUUCGAGGACAUUGACUUCCGUGACGCGCACGUCUCGUGGAAUGAACCAGAGAGCUGUUAUUGGAUGAUUGUAGCCACUAGGCUUCGAAGUGGGCCAUAUUGGACGCGAGGCUGUUUCGCGUUACUCACCUCAUCGGACCUCGACGAGUGGUCGAUAGAAGCAACGCCGUUCUAUGCACCCAACAACAUGUUCUGCCCAGAGUGUCCAGAAAUCUUCUCCCUACCAAACGGGAAGUGUAUAUCGGGUAGCGGACGCACCAAGAGGUCCUUUCCGAACACCUCGCGGAAGUUCAGGCGGUCGCUUCGAUGGCCGAAGAUGUGGUCCUGGGGCGGCGACAUGGGCAUGCCUCGCGAAAUCUCCGCAAACAAGGAUGGUCUUUUGAUCGUGGAACCCAGUCGCGAAUUCAUCGAUGCAUAUUUCCGCCACGGGGCAGUUUCUGAAUUGCCAUCAGAAUUGACCUUGAGUAGCGUCGGCAUGACUAUAUCACGCGAUCUGCGGUUAGGUGACAGGUCGGAUUAUCUGCUCGAGUUUGGUAUCGCCUGUCAAGAUGCGGCUUCAUUUGGAUUGCUGUUCCGAACCGAUGAAGACAACAAAGGUUUGCAGCUCAGAUUUACUCCUACUCAAAACGGCCUGCUUGAUACGAGCUUGCUGAGCUGUCCACCACCACUAGACGACUUCUGGGCGGAUCAGUAUGCCCUUCAUCUGCCUCGCGAGGUCGACGGCCCAGAGCUUGCUCGACACACCUCGCUGAAAAUAGAAGGCUCCAUCGUUGUAGCUGUUAGAUCUGAUGUGCUUGAGAUCUUUGCCGGUGGGAAGUCACUAAGCUAUCGCCUUCCGUGCACAAGGUAUGCAGAGGGCAGUCACCGGACCGAGCAGGUGAAGCAUACAGCCAACGGAGCAUUGCGUCAUGACAGCCCACGAGUGAAAGAGCUCGGUGUGUAUGUUGAUGACGGCGAAGUAGCCUUGAAAGAACUCUCGUUGCGUUACGUUUGCUCAUCGGACCGCUGA